AUGGCGUGUUUAAAGAAGAUUACACUUUUUUGUGUUUUAUUUCCCGUUCUUUACGUUGUGUUUUCUCAAGUGGCAGCGAAUGCCGAAUGUUUUUUUGACUCGCAAUGUUUUGGCUAUCAACGCUAUUGCUGCAAGAGAAAAUAUCCUGAAGACAAUAUAUGUCGAUCCAAUUGCAUUGGUGAGUCUUGUAACGUUGACAGCAACUGUGCCGCUGGAGAAUGUUGUAAUUCUGAUGAUAAAUGUGCCACAGAUUGCGAUGUCGUGAUUGAAGGUCUAGCUGCUUGGGUUAUUGCAGUAAUUGUUAUCGGUGUUAUUGUCGUUAUCGUCAUACCCAUUGCAGUUGUCGUGUUUUGCUGUUGCUGUGCUGCGGCAGCCUCAACACGUUCCGCUCAUGGAGGUGUGAUCGUAUCACAACUUGCAACCACAGGAACGACACUCUUUUCAACCCAACAACAAUAUCCUACACAUCAAGGACAACCAAUAAUGUAUUUCCAAAACCCUCCACCAUAUCCAAAUCAACCCCCACAAUAUCAACCUCCAGGCAUGGUAUAUUCACCAGGAACAAGUGCUCCGCCAAUAGCAAUGACACCACAAACUGAAGCCAACAAGAACUGA